AUGUAUUUCUUCAAAGUUGCCAUUCUGUUGCUCGGCCUAGCAGCCGUGACACUACCCGCCUCAGGUAAACAGAUCCCUCAAUCUGGUGCAGAACAAAGAUAUCAGUUGUUUAAUAGACCGCGGUUACAUGCUGGAAAGCGUAUCCAUGAAGAAGUGGCUAGUGGACGUGUUGUCUCUCAGGAUUUUAUCAAUAAAUUUACCUCACUGAAGAAUCCCAGCACAACCACCACUUCUAUCAUUACAACAACAUCAACACUUGUACCAUCAACUCCCACGACCACAACUGUUACCCUUUCGCCCGCCACACCUACGGCAUCCACAACAUCACCUACCUCAACCUCACCUACAACGCCCACAACAACAACAACAACUGCAUCAGCUACUCCCACUACACCAACAACAAAUACUACAGGCCGUUUCCUCGCCAAUUUCGACGACGACUCAGAUAAUGAAGAUGAAGAUUUCGUCUUAGCAUUGUACCAUCCCGAUAGGAAUUCCAUUGACAAUUACGAACAGGAGGAAGGAGACGACAGCGACGAUGUCGGUGUUGCCGGCAUUGGAGAUUUGAAUGACUCAGUCGAGGAUAUUGGUCGCGCAGCACGUGCUCGCCCCUCGAAUUGGCGUCGUCGCCAGGCGCAACUUCGCUUGCAACGUCAACGUCAACGCCAGCGGCGUCUAAACAGACGUCGUCGUCAGUCGCAAAUAAAGGCUCGUCGUCAACGUCGCCGCCGUCAACAGCGUCGUCGCAACCAACAGAAAAGACGUCAACUCGCCAAGAAGAAGCAGCGUCGUUAUCGUCGCGGCGGCAAAAAGUCGCGUCGCUCUAACAAACGUAGACGCAUUGUACGGGUGAAGGUUUAA